CUGCGGCCUUUAGUUUGCUGGCACGUGGUUCCUUGUUUAGGAGUAGUGGAGCAAAUGUGCUCAUUUCUGACGUUUCUAACCUGUUUGAACUUUUUAUAUAAGAUUCAGCUGUCUACACGCUUCGAUCUGAUGCGUGCUUUAUUGCAUUAUUCUUCGAUUGUAGCGUGAGAAGUGCAAAUUGGUAAUUAGAAACAGCAGAAAGCCCAAGCGCAAAGCUCCGAGUGUUGCAAAUGGACCCAGAAUCACGACAGAAGCUCAUUGAGCAAUUGGAGAAAGAAAGCGAAGAAUACCUCGCUAGCCUGAAGCCAAAAAAAUACAAGGAUGGCUGGAAGGAAGACACUUGGGAACAGGAAAUGGAAGAGCACCCCCUCUUCGCAACCAAGCUUCCAGAGAAUGCUGAAAUGCCACCAUUAUUAGAAGCAAUGCAGCAGCUGAAGUAUGACACAGAAACUAACAGCCCCGAAGGACUUGCUGAGCAGUACAAGGCUGAUGGUAAUAAUAAUUUUCGGCUUAAGAAGUACCGGUGGGCUGUUGCAUCGUACACUGAAGGCAUCAAGCAGAAAUGCUCGAACACAGAACUCAAUGCACAGCUGUUCUGCAAUCGCUCAGCAGCACAUUUUCGGUUAGAAAACCAUGGCUCUGCUCUUGCUGAUGCUCUUCGUGCAAUAAAAUUGAAACCAGGGUAUGUCAAGGCAAUGACUAAAGCUGCUAUGUGCUGUGCAGAACUGAGAAAAUGGCAGAGCUGUCAGCAACUGUGCCAAGAAAUCUUAAAAGAAGAACCGGAGAACGCAGCUGUUAAAGAACUGUUUAACAAGGCCAGUGAACAGAAGAAAAUUGCUGAACGAGACGAACGCCGAGAAUUGCAGAAAAAGAAACUGCAAGAUGAGCGGAAUGCAGCAUUAAAGGCAGAGUUAAUGAAACGAGGAAUCAACCUGCAAGACGAGGAAAGUGACGACACACUCAGGCCGGUUCAUCCAGCGCUUGCCGACCACACGGUGCACUUUGCAGACGACAAACAGGACCUCGUGUGGCCCGUGAUAUUUCUCUAUCCAGAGUUUAUGGAUUCAGACUACAUUCAACGGUUUUGUGAAAGCAACACCUUUGAAGCGGUCCUGCAGAUCAUGUUUGGCGAAGGGGUUCAACAGCCAGAAUGGAACGCAGACGGGCGAUAUGCAGUGGGGCGACUCAGUAUCUGGUACAAAGGCAUUGGUUCAGGAGCUCUGGUACAGGUGUCCCCAAACAGCACUCUCAAAGAGGUUGUUUUCGACAAGAGAUUUGUUGUCCACAAUGGCACACCAACCUUCUGCAUUCUCUCCAGAGGAUCGGAAUUUGAGGCGAAAUACAUUUCCGAGCACGGCAAGUGGUGACAUAACACAUAGCUCAUAGGGAUUCUUCUAUUUAUUUAUUUUUUUGUCAUUCGACAUACUUCAUUAUUUGACUCAAGUGGCAGAUGCACUAAAAGAAGCCAAUGCAAGCACAUGUUCAGCCAAUUGUCACUGGGAUGGUCUUCAUAUGCAACAGGCAUUUGCUAGCUGGGCAUGUAAAUUUACCUCAUAACAGAAUACAUAGGUAUAACGAAUCAAUAUGCCUGUCAUAGAAGAUACUGUACAGUCGAGAUACAUAUAUAAUACACUGUAUCUAUUUACAUCGUAAUAAAUAUAUACUGUUGAGUGGAAUAA